CUCACUCUGAAUAUUAAAUCAACUGUUUCGAAACCAUCGGUUUGCUUUCCUUACUCUCCUUCUUCUGUUCAGCGUUGCAGCAUGCUUUGGUGGUCCGCCAACUGAGACGCCAUCUUGUACAGUGUCUGCCUUGGCUACAAACAGCGGUUGUUCGUCUUGUCUGAGACAAGUUGCAGAAGAACCCCGACGACCACCAUGGAUUUCCUCAAGUCAGCUGUCGCAUCUGCGAUUGCUAAAGGUAGCUCAUUUCCAUUCGCCCUCGGGGAUCGAGUGGACAUCGGCGACUCUCUGUGGACGCUUCACAAUGCGACAAAACGGGACGAUGGAUCAGCAUGCAGUGUGUUCACGUUUGAUGUCGCUUCGAACAAGUCACGACUACCGUUAGCCAAGAAUGCCGUGCGCAAAUCACGAACGCUGAGGCACCCGGGGGUCAUCAAAGUGCUGGACACUAUUGAGACAGACACUAGCCUCUAUAUUAUGACCGAGCGUGUUGUUCCCCUCUUGUGGCAUGUGAAGCGCAAAAGUCUGAGUGAAGAAACCGCUAAAUGGGGUAUAUAUACAAUCGCGUCUACGCUCAAGUUCAUUAACGAAGACGCUUCCUCCGUGCAUGGUGCUGUGCGAGCCUCGUCGGUCUUCACCAGUGAAAGUGGUGAAUGGAGGCUCGGCGGAUUCGACAUUCUCAGUUCGAUGAAAGAAGACGACGCCAUUAUAUACACAUACGGCAGCUUGGUACCUGAUGCAGCCAGAUACACGCCUCCAGAGAUAGUCAAAGCCGGGUGGGACGCAGUCAAACGCCAUCCGCUUGGAGCGGUUGAUGCGUAUGGACUUGGGAUCUUAAUAUUCGAGAUUUUCAAUGGCCACUUUGCUGGAGCAGACCAGGCUGGCAAGACCACAAACAUCCCUCCGAGCAUGCAGCAGAGUUAUAAGCGCUUGUGCACUGCAAAUCCAAAGAUUAGGCUGAGUGCCUCGCAUUUCCUAGAGCAAGGAAAGCGGAGCGGGGGAUUUUUCCAAACACCCUUGAUUCGACUCACAGAAGACAUUGAAAGCUUGGGUCUCAAGGAUGAGGCAGAAAGGGAGGAGUUUAUCAACGAGCUGGACCAGCUGUCCGAAGACUUUCCCGAGGACUUCUUCAAAAUGAAAGUCCUGCCUGAGUUGUUGAAAUCGGUCGAGUUUGGUGGCGGUGGUCCCAAAGUCCUUUCUGCAAUCCUGAAGAUUGGCACCAAACUCACGCCAGAUGAGUACAAUUCAAGGCUGACCCCAGUGAUUGUCCGCUUGUUUGGGAACCCGGACCGGGCACUUCGGGUGUGCUUACUGGACAAUUUGCCCUUGAUGGUUGACAAUCUCUCCCAGAAGAUUGUGAACGACAAGAUCUUCCCCCAAAUGACUUCUGGUUUUACAGAUGUAGCCCCGAUAGUUCGCGAGCAGACUGUCAAGGCUGUUCUCUCGGUGGUGGGCAAGCUAAGUGACCGGACAAUCAACGGAGACCUGCUCAAGUUCCUGGCACGCACAGCAAACGAUGAGCAGGCAGGUAUUCGUACGAAUACUACUAUUUGCCUGGGCAAGAUUGCGAAAAAUUUGGGACAAGGCACCCGAUCCAAGGUCCUUAUUGCUGCUUUCAGCAGGGCAACCAGGGACCCUUUUGUCCAUGCUCGUAGCGCCGGUUUGCUGGCACUGGCAGCGACAAUUGAGUAUUUCACCGAGGACGAUUGUGCAUCGAAGAUUCUUCCUGCGAUAUGUCCUGUCCUUCUGGACAAAGAAAAGCUAGUAAGAGAUCAAGCAAACAAGACACUCGAUGUUUACCUUCACCGAAUCCGAAAAUUCAGCAGCACCAUGGCCGACAGUGCACUGCCACCACCUAGCACCGCAGAAGCAGCCCCUGACACCGCGCGGAUAGGAACAUCGAAUGACCAGUCCUGGUCUGGAUGGGCGAUCUCGUCCUUUACCAAUAAGAUCGCGGCCGCCAAUGGUCAGAUUGAGCCGACAGCCAACGGUGGCAGUGCCGCCGUGGCGGAGACCGUUCGUCCCGCAUCUGUCCCUCGCCUUUCUAAAACGGCGUCUACAACGCAGCCGGACCUUCCUGCCAUCCGUCCUACCGCUGCACUGCUGGGACGCUCGUUAUCCGAACAACCCGCAAUGGUCACACAGGAGGAAGACGACGAGGAGACGGAAGAUGUCUACGAUGCCUGGGGCGCUAUAGAAGAUGAUGAAGACGAAGAAACCGCCGCCGCCGACCCCUUUUCGGCCGCAAUCGAUACGAAACUCCGUAGCAAUGCACAGCCACAGAAGUCAACCCCUGUGCCAUACGAUGAUGGUGGAGAACCCGACUUUGCUGGCUGGCUUGCCGCACAGUCCAAAGCCAAGGCUAAGAAACCGCUACCCAAGGGCCUAAACAAGCCUACAUCAACACCUUUAACCCCAUCACGAACGACGUCGACGAAACCCAAGACUGUCGUGGUCCCGGCGAAAAAGAUCGAUACCAAACCCAAGGAUUUGGACGAAGAUGACGGAUGGGGAGACGCUUGGGACUGAUACUCCGUAUAUGUCACAUAAUAUAAUAGUAACCGCUAGAGUUUUUAUGACAUGAGAACUCGGAUCGUGUAAUCCGUCGGGUAUUGCCUUGUCUUUGUCUUUUCUUUGUCUCUACCCUUCGUAGGCGGGUUCUCGUGCAUGGGUUUCCCCCCAAUCGGACUUUGUCUUUGUGUCGGGCCAAACAGUUCGUUUCCGACGGCGACGUUCAACUUUCUCCCCCG